AUGGCGUGCCUCCCAUUAUGGGAGGAUCGACUCGGGAGGACGCUGAAGAUUGUGGACAAGGACGACGACCCUCUUCAUCAGCCUAAUAUCUGCCUCCCGAGGGUCAGUCCUGCAGAAGAUCCCUUCUACGGCCUCGAGACGUUUGACGGCCCUGGCCCAUGGGACCGGAGCACGCUGGAGGUGGAGGCGGGGAAUUUGACAGGAACACCUGGCGCCAAGAAGAUGAUCACCUUCUAUGGGAACGAUUACCUGAACCUGAGUACCCACCCGGCAGUUCGGAAGGCUGCCGCCAAGGUGCGCCAAUACGCAGUGAUCUGUCGAUUCUAAUUAUUUGGAAUUGGACGAGCUUCUGGCGCGCCCCUCGAGACGCUGUGUUUAAUCCUUCUUUGGCAAUACGGACAGGCAGCCCUGGUGCAUGGAAUGGGUCCAAGAGCGCCUUUCAUGACCUGCGGCCACACCGACUACCACCGCCUUCUUGAAGAUACCUUGGCAGAGAUGACCAAGAAGGAUGCGUGUGUAAUCACCCCCACCGGCUUCGCUGCCCGCAUCGCACUCCUCUCAGCUCUCGGCAACGUCGCUUCUCUAACGUCCGCCGGCCGACGACCAACAAGAGAGGAAAGGAUUGGGAUAUUCGCCGAUAUCCUGAACUACCCAACUAUAAUCGACGGCCUUCGCUUAGUCGAGGAGCAGCGGGAAGCCGACGUAUUCGUCUACAGGCAUAACGAUAUUGAUCAUCUUGACGAACUUCUGUCGGGUUGCCCAGCCGAGAAGAAAGUCGUUUAUUCCGAAAGGUAAACACCGGUCUUUGGACGCCUCAAGCAGCUUACACGACGUACUAUCUACCGUGAAAUUGGCUCCCUGGUGGGUUAGUAUUCCUCACUCCUUUCUCGACACUGAUGCAGUCUGUUCGGUAUCAAUGGAGACUUUGCACCCAUACUGAAGCUAGUUGAGCUCAGAAAAAAACACGGAUACUUAUUCGUCGUUGACGAGGUCAGCAAAACUUCACUCCAAUCGACACGUCUCCUCGACCUCUACUAGCUGAUCUCUCGGAGUUGCCCACUAAAAUCCUUUCCCGCCUCCUAAUUGAUUCGUCAGGCUCAUACAAUACUGACAUGCGGGAGGAACGGCGGCGGAAUCGGAGAGGUGUAUGGUAUUCAGGAUCAGAUCGACAUUUGCAUCGGGACUUUGAGCAAGGCCACUGGCUGCCGAGUUGGUUUCAUUGCUUGCAGGUUAAGACAAUGCCUUUCCAAAUUUCAGCCUCGGUGGAGGAGUUAUCGCUAUUGAUCCGCUCACUGGCCUCGGCGAAUUUUUCAGUGAAGGAUGGAAGAAGUUGAUUCAAGCAAGGGGCCAGCCUUUCACCUUCGCCACUUCGACUCCUGUACCCAUCAUCGCCGCUUGCUACGGUAUCGUCUCGUUUACAGCCCAGCUGCUUCCGUAAGUUGUAUCUAAGACUGCGUCGUCGAUGGUUGAUCGAUGCUAUUCAUGGCGGCAGCUGCGGUGGAGGUCGCAAAGAAGGAAUCAUGGCGCAGGGGAGCGGUGUGGAGCAGGGUGGAGCAGGGUGCAAGAAUUUGCAGCCCUAACGAGAUGUUCCGCCAUGAGUCCUCUCGUCUCGCUUCUCGUUGGCUCUGAGCAAGAAGCUGUCAAUGCGAGUAGGCACAUGCUGGAAUGUGGUUUCCAUGUGACGGCAAUCAGGCCCCCGGUGGUGGCACCAAACGCUUGCCGCCUACAGUUGACACUGACGUCUGCACACACCUCGGAAGACAUAAGCAGGCUGGUGGCAGCUCUCUCUCUCUGGAUCCCAGCUCUCCGAGCCGACGAUGAUCGGAUGGCUUCAAGGCUGUUAAUGGCCGUAGAGCAAGCAGAGGGUUUCGCCCAAGGCACGACCCACAUCUCCUCGGAUUCUUUCCAUUCUCUCCUCAGUGAACGCAUUUUAUUGUGAAUCCUGUUUGCCGGAUGCGUACAGAACGAGAAUAAAGAGCGCAUCGAUGAACCCUCUUCCCCCCGAGUUACAUCGGUGAGGGGACGAGCUGUAUGUACACUGGAGAUAUUUUUUCUGUAAAGUUCCCGAUAAAUGAGAGACGACUCGGAACGACUCGGAGUCCAACCUAUUCAGGUUUGACCUGUUUUCUAGCCGGUUCCCAGGUUUUGACCGAACAGGGACACCGAGUUUGACCCGGCGGCUGAGGCUCCAUGGUUGACUUAGUCAAGGAUCCCAAUAAACUCCCCGGUUCGUCUUCAUCACCCGUGCGUUAUCCGAUGACAUCGACGACCGGCCGACGCCUCCUCUCAUGGAGGCGGGUAAGUAGGUCGCAUCCGUCAACGACCAGCGCGGCCCAUCUCUUAUUGGGCCCGUCAGUCCUGAUGGGCGCUGGGCCAUAACGAAGGAAUCAAACUUGAAGUGGGUCCUUGGAUCUGACCCAGUCAGACUAGACUCAUAGACGCAUCUUGGGCCCAGGAGAUGCCCAACCCAAGCCAUCUAUAGGCCGAAUACAAUCAAGCCCGUACGAAAACCCGUCCAAUAAAGCUCGCUCUCUCUCUCUCUAUCGUUGGGAGCGAGCGGUGAGUUUUAGCCGCCCACAGUUUUAGCUGCAGGUCGAAUGGAGACCUGCGGCUCUUUGGGGAACCAGUAAUGACCAAAUGGUGUGCUUACCGCAGUGCCCAGAGUACACCACCUCGCGUCCCCACCCUCCGUCCAUCUCUAUAUAA